AUGGAGCCGAGCCACGAUAAGGAGAGGCCCCCUUGCCCAGCUCUGUCGGCACUGGAGGAGGAAUUCCAGUUUGUGCUGUGCGAGGGCUGCCGGAAGGAAUCGCCCAACCUCAAGCUGCUCACCUGCCUCCACACCUUGUGCCUCGAGUGCCUCAGCGAGAACAAGCCCGUCGGGCAGUGCCCCGUGUGCCAGACCGCCAUCCCGCAGGCCAGCGGCAUCCCCAACCGGGACAACCUCCUCUUCUCCAGCCUGCAGGCCAGGCUCAGCGUCUACAAGAAGAUCCGCAGCGGCGGCAGCUUGGGCUGCUGCAGGUGCCACAAGGAAACAGCGGCCGUGUGGUGCUCCGAGUGCGAGGAGUUCCUGUGCGUCUCCUGCUUCGAGGCCCACCAGUGGUUCUUCAAGAAGAGCAGCCACGAGGCCAGGAAGGUGGAGGAGCUGCGGGCCGAGUCAGCACAUCACUUCCUAGAAGGCACCAGGAGAUCCUGCAGCCUCUUCUGCUCCAGCCCUGGUCACAACAACCAGGCUCUCUUCCCUCGCAGCAUCUACUGCCGGCGCUGCGAGAAGCCGCUGUGCUGCUCGUGUGCACUGCUCGACUCCCAGCACUCGCAGUUCUACUGCGACAUCCGCAGCGAGAUCCGGCAGCGGCAGGCGGAGCUGGACACCCUCAGCCUGGACCUCCRGGAGAAGAAGAGCAGCUUCGAGGCCGCGCACGAGGCCCUGCAGAGCAAAGCGGCCCGCCUGGAGCAGGUGAGCAGCGAGAUGCAGCAGCAGAUCCGGCAGCGCGUGGAGCAGCUCGUGCAGCUGCUGCGGCGCGAGGAAGAGGAGCUGCUGAUGCURGUGAAGACGCAGAGGGAGCAGGGCUGCCGCGUGCUGGCCGGGGASCUGCAGCRCCUGGACAACGUGCUGCGGCGCAUGCAGGCCAGCGAGCGGCUGGUGCAGAAGAUGAAGCUCUACGGCUCGGAGCAGGAGGUCAUGGACAUGCAGCCCUUCAUCAAGGCGUCGCUGGAGGAGCUGCAGAGGCUGCAGCCCCCGGCGGCCGGCGGCCUCGCRCAGCCCGGCGGGGACUUCGCCGAGUGCCAGGCCCGGCUGCAGGCGCUGGUGGAGCGUGUCACCAGGCACACAGGUGAGCGGAGCCUGCGGCUUGGGCCACCUUCCUGCUUCCCAAGUACUGCCAAAGCCCCUAGACCGCCCUGA